GCGCAGUAGAAGCACUGCUACUGCGCACAAAUGUUCUUGCGAUCCAGGUGGGAGGAGAAGCACCUGUUGUGCGCACGUAGAAUGUGAAACCCUCGGAGCACUACCAUUUCAUUCGAAACCUUAGCCCCGGAAAAUUUGAACACUCACGAACUUUCGCUUUCUAGCCUUUGCGCUGGCUUUUAACGGAUGAUGUGCCCUUCAAGACUUGCCUUGCUGAUAACUAUGGCACUAGGAAUUAACGCCGUCACUCUCCAAGACCUUAUGAGUGCUCUUCAUACAUUUGAGAAAGUGUGGGUCCGUUAUCGGAGUUAUGAGAGAAGCACUUUGGGCCACAAACACACAUGCCUGUAUAAUGAAGUACGCAGCCACCGACAAACCUCUUAUUUAUUCACCCAGCACUACGAGGUUGACUUGAAGUGGAGAAGCCAGCAGGUAUAUGCAAGUGUAUUUCAAGGCAAGCGUGGCGAAACAGUAAUGCGACUGAGCCAGAGACCAGGAACAUAUGGUGUUGACCACACCCUAGUUUUUUGGCAUCCCGUGGAACACUGUUUUGUAUUCACUCGAAUAUUCGAAGGUAAGCGACACUGCGAGAUGUGGGUCUGGGGUGACCACGUUCGGAAACACGUGCCUCAGUGCCAGCUAGCAUAUAAGCGUCAUUGCAGCCCACAAUAUCCUGUUUACACACAUGCUUGUGGACCGCCCUGAAUAAAAAAAGUUAAUUACUGUUUCUUGGACAGA